UGACCAUUACUGCGUCAUACGGAAUCCCUCGUUCACGACAGAUUUCGCCGACUAUGGUUUUGGUCUUUGGUGAAAUCACAAUAUUUACGUUAGACUGGAACAAGAAAACAUAAAAUAUGGCAGAAGUUUUCAACAUGGAACUACGGGAUGGUGGAGAUGUCGAGGAGGAGCUUUCGGAUGAAGAAUAUCCGAUGCCAGAAGGUCCAACACAGUUACGAAGGGAUUUGUCAAGGGCAAAUGAUCCGAUUGAGGAGGGAAUGGAGACUUUAGAACUAACAGAGAGUACCGUAAAUCCUGGAAGGUCAAAAGUUAGCACAUACGACUUUGAACUGCUCAAAGUUCUUGGUAAAGGAGGUUAUGGAAAGGUGUUCCAGGUACGAAAAGUUGCUGGACAAGGGAAAGGAAAGAUAUUUGCCAUGAAAGUUUUAAAAAAGGCAACAAUAGCUAGGAAUGCCAAAGAUACAGCUCAUACUAAAGCAGAGAGAAAUAUUCUCGAAUGUGUAAAGCAUCCAUUCAUAGUAGACUUGAUAUAUGCAUUUCAAACGGGUGGCAAAUUGUACCUGAUCUUAGAAUACCUGCCUGGUGGGGAACUGUUCAUGCAGCUAGAACGAGAGGGAAUCUUCAUGGAAGACACAGCUUGUUUCUACCUGUCAGAGAUAACUCUAGCUAUAGAACAUUUACACCAUGCUGGUAUUGUGUACAGAGAUCUGAAACCAGAAAAUAUUCUGCUAGACUUACAAGGUCAUGUAAAGUUAACAGACUUUGGUUUAUGUAAGGAAUCUAUCAAUGAAGGGGCAGUAACACACACAUUUUGCGGGACCAUUGAGUAUAUGGCACCAGAAAUUUUAACGAGGACUGGUCAUGGCAAAGCUGUGGAUUGGUGGAGUUUAGGGGCACUAAUGUAUGACAUGCUCACAGGGGCGCCACCAUUCACAGGGGAAAAUAGAAAGAAAACAAUAGAUAAAGUUUUAAAAGCCAAGUUAAGUUUACCUCCAUAUUUAACAAAUGAAGCUCGGGGAUUGAUAAAAAGAUUAUUACGCAAGAAUCCACAUGAAAGAUUAGGAGGUGGUAAAGAUGAUGCAAAUCCUAUCAAGGCUCAUGCAUUUUUCCGACAAAUCAAUUGGAAUGACCUCAUUCACCGGAGAGUUGAACCACCGUUCAAACCAUCUUUAACAAAUGAUGAAGAUGUUAGUCAGUUUGAUACAAAAUUCACCAAACAGACCCCUGUAGAUUCCCCAGAUGAAAAUGUCCUCAGUGAAAGCCAGAAUGUAGUAUUCCAGGGUUUCUCCUAUGUGGCGCCAUCUGUAUUGGAGGAUCUCAACAAACCUUGGAUCGAAGAGAAAAAUAUUCGAUCUCCAAGAAAACAUGGAAGCACAUUCCGGGGACACUCAAGUCACAGUCCAAUGGUCGAUUUCGAAAUGCCAGGCGCAUCAAACGGCGGCGCUGAAGGUGGUUACGAGGCGAUGGACACAUCAUCGUCGUCUAGUCUUCCCAAACGUUCCCAGUCCCCAGCCAUUAGCACCAAAUCACACAAACAGAAUGCCAUGCCCAUUAAUCAGAGACCCAAACAUAUACUAUAGACUGUUGUUAGCUUUUUAAAUGUAUAUUACAAUUAGGUUCUUCACAUAGUCUCGGGAUUAUCUGGACAAAAAUCGCCUUUCUGAUUUUGAAUUCAAAGAUUCCUGAAUAUAUGAAAUUACGUUUUGAUUCAGUUCUUGUAGGAUGUAUCAAAAAGCUGUUUUUUUAUUCUUUAAAUUCAUUUUUUUCGCUUCUUGCUCUAAAUAGAAUGUUUUUAAACAAUUUUUACCAGUUUGUUCAAUCAAAGAUGGCUGACUUUUGAAUUAUUUAAUUUAUUUUUUAUAUGUUUGUAAUAAGGAUAGAUUUAUAACAUUGCAUGAAAUAAAACAAUGCCAAUUUUCUUUUAAGAAAAUCUUGAUCAUGUAUUUAUAAAGGUACUGGUGAAAAUGAUCAACUGUACCAUUGUUUUUGAUACUCAGAAUCCAAGAUGGCAGACUUUCUAGAAAAUGUCACAAGUAAAAAUCAUGAAUGGAUAUUACGAAAAUCAUGUAUUGUGAAAAUUUGUCAAAAAUGGCAGUUUGAUGUUUUUAAUCAAAGAUUGAUAUUAUUCUUCUGUGUUCUUACUGUUGCAAAUUGUAAAUAAUUAUGAUAUACCUUUAUAUAGACACUGGAAAAGACAUUCAAUGAAAGUGACGUAUUGCAAUAUUAAUGAACAUUGCAACAUUGGGUGGUAUGUUAAACUGUAUAGUUACUGAAAAGUUAUGUGGUAUGAAUGUAUUAUUUUAAAAUCUUAAACCCUCAGCUUCAGUUUUUAUUUGAAAGAAGACAUAGAAUUUUGUCCAGAUAAUGUUGAGACUGUUUUUAGUCAUCAGAAAUACUGUAGUUUUCAUCAAUAGAUUUCACCCGAUAGUUAAUAGAAUUUCUUUGAUAGAAAUUAUUUCUCUUGAUGAAAUGGAGGCAAUUAUGUCUCCCACCAUACAGUGGUGUGGGAGACAUAUUGAUUUACUCUUGUCUGUCUGUAACAAAGCUUGUCCACACUCUUAAGUCGAACAUUUCUCAUCCAAUCUUCACCAGACUUGAACAAAAUGUGUUUGAUCAUAAGACCUCGACCAAGUUUGAUACCUAGUCAAAUUGGUCAAGGCACUUAAAAAUUAUGGCCCUUGAGAAUAAUUACCAACAACUACGGUGCAGCAUUGUAGACCGGUUACUCCACUACCGAUACAGCAUUGUAGACCGGUGCAGCAUUGUAGACUGGUUACUCCAGCACCCGAUACAGCAUUGUAGACCAAUUACUCCAACAUGUGAAUACCAAUAGGCCACAAAGUUUGAAACAGUAUACAAAGACAGACUUACUAUUCAGAUGAUUAGGCAGUUGUGGGAGACAUGCGCUUUUCUCAAAAGCACCUCUAGUUAAAAAUGUUUUAAAAGUGAAGUUAAGAUUUUACUUGGCAAUUGUUAUCCAAAUAUUGGCAAAAUGCUGAACUUCUCUUGGUGAACUUUGUCAAAGAAAUGAAUCAAGUGGUUUGCUACAUGUACACUAUUUUAAAUGAAGAAAACAAGGUUUAAACAAGCAUUUUUGAUUCACCUGGUCAAAAUGGCAUUGUUGUGUAAUUUUAACACCAUGCUCACUUACUGAAAUACAGUAAAACACCAUUUGCUUAGGCAUCAGUAGCUUGAGAUGCCGAUUUUAUAUAACUGAAGAGUGAUUUCUGAGUGAAUACAGUAGUGUCACUUCAUAUACACAGGCCAGCUUGUUGGAAACACAUUAUUAGUCUUGUUUGCUUAAACGUGACAUAAACUUGGCUGCAUUGAAAUGUUUUAUUUUGCCGAAAGAUACAAGUGGAAAUUUUAAGGCAGGAUGUGAUGAAAACUAAUUAUAAUUAGUUACUUGUCCUGAAUUAUUGUAAUUAAUUAAUUAUUUGUCCCAAAAACCAAGUAAUGAAUUGUCAUUUGAGAAGAUUGCCAAAAUAAUUGUAUUUAAUUAAUCAUUAUAUAAAAUAAUUAGGCACACCCUGUGCUGAUUGCUGAAAACCCAGAAGACUUUAAAUUUAACACACCUCACUGAUGUGGGUUUGAGCCUCGCUUGGAACAAAACCCCAGAAAACUUGAGCCUGUUGCUCAUCCGCUUGCAUCUUCAUGUGAUAUGUUAUUUAAACCUACACACAAUGCAUACCCAUACAUGUAUACAAUCUCAGUCACUAGGAUCAAUGAAUUAGCAAUGUGAAAACUACAGUAUUUUUGAUAAGUUUAUAGAGAAACAUUGUCUUUUUAAUUAGGUUUAAUUCAAUUUUUGCACAUGACUUGGGGGUUUGUAGUGUGAUAAUGAUGUAUUGCAUAUAUAUGUAAAAAACUGUGAUGUGUACCAGGUAAUAGACAUUCAUUUACACGUUUUAUAUGUGGGAUUAGGUUGUUACACAUCAAAGAACAUCAUGUUGCAUAAUGUCCCUAUGUUUUAACGCAGAAAGAAUGUCCUCAGAUUGUUUAUUUAUAGUGUAUGUUGGUUUGGGAGGAGUGCGUGUGUAAAUGUUUUUAAGACAUAAAUGCUUACGUUCGAAAUCAUGUUUAACCAAAUGUGUUAUACUACUGUGUAGGUAGAACAUAUUACAUGUAUAGUCAUAUGAUUGGGAUAUGAUUGAAAAAAAGGCAUCUUUACAUUAAACUGGUAAUUAUGUGUGAUCCAAAACAUAUGCAUAAACAUUAAAGCAUAAUAGUUCUUUAAUACUGCCAUACUUGUGAUAAUGGUUGUUUAUGUUAAAAGAACACCUAGUUUUGAAGACCACUAAUUUUUGUUAAGAUUUAAACAUUCAAAGCCAGGGAAAUACCUGUGCAUUAUAACCACCUGCAAAUUAAGACCACCUUUAGGUUAGUUUAUACUAAUUUGAGCCGCGCCAUGAGAAAACCAACAGUGGGUUUGCGACCAGCAUGGAUCCAGACCAGCCUGCGCAUCCGCGCAGUCUGGUCAGGAUCCAUGCUGUUCGCUAACAGUUUCUCCAAUUCCAAUAGGCUUUAAAAGCGAACAGCAUGGAUCCUGACCAGACUGCGCGGAUGCGCAGGCUGGUCUGGAUCCAUGCUGGUCGCAAACCCACUAUGUUGGUUUUCCCAUGGCACGGCUCAUUUGUUUUAGCUAGAUUGUGAUGAAAGCUUCAAGCUUAUUGGAAUCACUCUAGGUUCUCUCAUGAGGUUUGACCGCAAAGCAUUUCCCAGUAGAGUUUUUAUAAAUGCUGACUGUAAUCAAUGUGUUGUCUUAUGUUUUGUGAUUUUUCCUUGAAUAUACGUAGUGCCUCUUUUGUGAAAAGUUAGAUAAAUAUGCAAAAGUGCUUUGAUAUUACUGUCUUUGAUUGCUUCCCUUUGACUAGAGAGUAAAUAAUCUACGCAUUUAUAACAAUGCGAUUUACAAACUUUUGCUUAAAAUUCAUUUACAGUACGUUGACAUUAUGUCAGCUUUAUUCAGUUUGAUAAGACCUUUUUAUGUAACAUAUUGACACUUUAAGAGUAUGCAUAAAAUAUUCCUUAGGUUUUAAAUUAAGUUUGAGUGGCCCAAGUCAUGUGCAUGUAUGUAUUACAUGCAAUAUUGUUUACUAUACCUCAACAGUUCUCCUCUUGUCUGUAAGGUUCUAUGAUUUUAAAAAAGAACAACAAUAUAUUAUAUUUUUCUCUAAUAAGUGACAUAAUAUUUUUGGUACAGUAUGUUUCCGUUUAUAUUCAGAUUUUUGUUUUUUGGUGGGGGACUACUUUUGUUGGAGUCAGUCCAUGACAUUAAAUCCUAAAUAGAAUUUCCAUUUGGUAUGUCUUUAAAAAAUUGAAUGUCCAUGAAUUCAUGCACACACAUCCCCUUACCAAAUACCCCCCAACCACUUCUACCAACCCAACCAUAACAGACUUAAGUUUUAUGCAUGUGAAAUUUAGAAGUGGGUAGUAUUCAUUUAUAACAUUUUAACCUCAAAAUGUUGUAUGCAAAAGUUUUGUACCAGUUUUCAAUACAAUACUCGAUAAAAAAGAUAUUUCAGAUGCAAUUUUUUUUUGUUUUAAGUCCAAGUCUGUACCCAUUUCUUAUAAUAUUGUUUAAGACAAAUUCAUGCACUUGUACAACCAUACAGACAAAGGGAGAAAAACAUUGUUGCAUUGUUGUAGACUUUGUACAAAUCAACCAGAACUGUGAUUAUACAAGACUUGCAAAUGUUCACUGGUACCUGGGAGUGAAUAAAUAGACCAAUACAUAAUGAAAAUUAGCUGUUACAUAUCUAUGGUUAUAAUUUCAGUUAAGAAAAAAAACUAGCUUGUAGUACUUUAGUAUGAAUAGUUUGUGAACCAAGGUCCAUUAUAAAAACAGUAUUUAAAUUUUUUUUUUUUUCACAAUUAUGCAGGGGUUGAGUCACUUUCUGUAAAAUCCUAAAUAUUUUUUGGGGACCGAUUUUGGUGGUUGAGUCAAUCAACAAUUUUAAUCCUAAUUAACAGGUAAAUUUUUCAUUUACUGUGUGCUCAGAAGUAAAAAAGCAUGAAUUUAUAUCACCACAGAAUAGCCAUUGACCAGAACUACAAAAUUUUAUGCCCACAAAGUCAAAUGCUUCUGCUGCAGUAUUCUUGUGGUUAAGGCUUCAAGAUCUCAUUUUUUUUCAAGCUGUUCCUCCAUGAUUUUGUUUAUUAGAAAUGAAAUAUUGCUUUGUGAAAACCGGUUCCCAUUGCCGGUAUAUAUUGCGUUUUAAACUUAACUGCAUGUCAGUGUUAACUUGGUACCAGUAAACAUUUCCAGGCCAACGAUUAAAGAUAUAAUUGAGAUUUCCUUGAUUAUAAUCAUGUAUGUACUAAUUGAUUUUUUAUCCACAGAUAUGUUCAAAAUAUGCUGUGUUGUCUCAUAAUAUAUGUGUGUAAAUGCUUAAAUGCGUUAAAUGGUAUUUGUGUAAAUGGAUAAAAUUUGGGAAAAUGUGACCUGCUUUUGCAAGGCUUUCUAAAGAUAAACCAAGACUGACAUGUACAAUACUACCCAAGGUACAAUACUAACCUUGGGAAAAUAUUCAGUUUUAAGGUAAGAUGGUAAAUGGUUAAAUAUUCAACGUUUGGUUGUUUUUCUCCCAUACUCCUAUAAAUAUCCAGCAUCUGUAUUCAGACAAAGAGUGUUUUUUUUACAUAAUUUUGCUUUUAUUUCAUUAUUAGACAAAGUUUUAAGCUCAGAUCGACAAACUUAUGAGAUGUGAGAGAUGGAAAUGUGAAAAACCAGCAGUUGAAAACCAGACUUUAUUCUCAUCCUGUAGUCGCAUAAUCAAAUUUUAGAAUUUACUGAGAAAUUUCAGGCCUAUUUUAGAAAUAAGUAUAGCUUUUAUAUUGCAUUUUAGAAAGAUAAACUGACCUUUUAAGGUGAUUUGACAAAUUCUUGAAAAGCUGAACAUUGCAAAAUGUCAGAGCCCAUAUUUAUCAGUGUAUAAGACUUCCAGUCACUAAAACUUAGAUUGUUGUAACUUCCUUUCCUGUGUAUCUUUCUGUUUAUCUGAAGUGAGCGAGUUGGGUUUUACGGCGAAUCGACACAAAAUGGUCAUAUAUCACCGAAGUUUAUCUGAAACUUUACAUAAAUUUUUGUUGUAUAUACUAACUUGGAAUAUGGAAUAUAUUUAAACUUAAUGCCGUGUGUAUCCCUUGACGUCAGCACAGUAUAUCUAUGAGCUUCGACUAUGGUCAACCUUGAAAUGAAGCAGAAUAUGGAAUACAUAAUACGUUCAUGUCAAGUUUCAUGGAAAUCCAUGCAAGAUCUACAAAUGUAUUUGUUUAUGUUGGCGUGGCCGUUAUAGACAGGGACCCUCGCCCUGUAUUCAUGAAUCUUGCAACAUCAGGCCGUAAUAAUGAAAUGAAUGAACUGGCAUGCAGAAAAGUGCCAUUCAAAUAUUCCAAAUUUAAAUGUAAACACAAAGUCACCGCAUCCAAAUGUUCAAAUGAAGUAAGUGUAAUGUACUUAGUUGAGCUCUACCAAAAAAAUGCAUUAAGCACCACCACAAUCCGAUAAUAUUAUAAUACAAAAUUAAUUCAGAAUUAUUAGUCCUACCCAUUCUGAAUUAACAGUUUUAGCAUUUCAAAGUCUAUGUUUCAGACUUCAAACUUUGAUGAAUAGGGGCCCUGAUUUUGCUUGCUUAACAGGAAGCACUUUCGUUAGAAACUUGAUUUUAUUUUGCUGUAAAGACCACCUAUAUGGUUUAGAGCAACAAGGUUCUAUCUGGCUUUUUGUUUAUCUAGCCAUUGAACCUUAAUUUGCUUUCUGCUGUGAGAAUUGUGUGUGACUUUAAUGUGUUCAGUGUGUUUUUAUGUAUACAAAUUUACUUAGGGAUUUUGUUUGAAUUCUGAUUUUUUUAUGAUAAUGAAUUUUACAUUAAUUAUCAUAAAAUGACUACCGGUAAUAUUUAUUUCUGUGUGAAAGGUAGAAGAAAUGGAGUGUUGCAUUUAAACAGCUCAGAGUCUUUGAAUAUACGAAGAUAUAAUUGACCUUGUGCCUUUUCCACUGUUUCUACAGUUCAGCAGAUUUUAACCCUUAUCAUCUGGACAUAAUUGAUUCUGUCUUUGCGACCAAUGUAGAUCAUGAUCAGCCUGCACAUCUGUGCAGUCUGAUCAUGAUCUGCACCGUUUGCCAUUCAGUCAGUAUCUUUUUGGUAAGCACCCCUUUUAAUAGUUAAUGGUAAUGUCCAAAUUGAAAGAUGGACAAGUUCAUUAUAGAAAUUUAGCAGGGUAAGGGUUAAGUGUAGACAACCAUAUAAACUGUUUGUGCAAAUUUUAUUGAUGACAUUAUGAAAUGAAAUCUUCGUUAAUUGUGUGAUUAAGAAAUAAUAUAUAGCAGAAGUGUGUUUUAAUGGAUUUUAACACACCAGAGAGGUUAUAUGUCCUGUAACCGGAGUCAGUUAUCCUGUGUGUUGUAUACAGGCUUAGGAUUUUUCAGGACUGGCCCUGAUUUCAGGCUGUUGGGUGCCAGAAUUUCUUUAUAUAACUCUAUGGAAAAAACACAUUUCAGGCUUUAGAAUGUAGAUUUUCAGGCUUUUAAUUUUUGACUGAAUCCCAGGCCUGACUGUAUAACUGAUUCAGUGCAAAUAUUAAUAACAUGCCUCUGCCUAUAUACAUAUAUUAUUCCAAAUCAAUUGAUUGUGUAUUGUAUUCUAUAAUGUGAAGUUUAAUAUCAAAUUUUGGAAGAAUUCUCUCUGUCCGUGCUAGUAGGUUGAGGUGAUGUUACCAUUGGCAUGUUUUAUAGAUAUGUCAUAUUACAACAGACUCUCACAAGAAACUUGAAAAUAUCUUCAAUUAGUUGUAAGAUCAAAACGACCUGUAUGUCAUUUGCACUUAAUUGCCAAUUUUGUAUGUAAUGUUAUAGGUAGACAUCCGUCUGGCAUGGCAAAAGAUGCUGAAAUAUGGCUAGUAGAAAAGGUCCAUGGUUAUGUUUGAAGUCUUAUCAAUACAUUAUUUUGUUUUAGUUUGUGUACAGUAUAAUAUUUAUUCCAUGUUUGUAUAUUUUAUUUGCUCAUUAAAUCUUUUAAUGAAAUUGUUAAAUACAAAAACCAUACAGUGAUACAUGUAGUUAUUUCAGUAUAAAUAAGAUGAAGUUUCCGUUCAAAUUUUACUUAGUAUUAAUUUAUUGAAAUUUUAACGAGAACGAUAGAAUAUCAUUUUAUUUUAGGGUACUGUUGAAUCAUUCAUCUGUAGUCGGUGAAUUUCUGUCUGUUUAAAUGAAAAUUGUGUAUUAACAUGUUUUGUUUAAACAUGACCAGAAUCUAGCUUACCAUUUAAUCAUGUAAGUUUUGUCAAUAUACAGUUGUAAAAGUAGUCAAAAAGAAUCUAUGACAGUCUGCAUAGAACAGAAAUCUGUUGUUGAAAAUCAUACAAAUAUUGAUUAAGGGGAAAAAUUAUUUCAGGUUGAAAUACAGGUUGAACAUUUCUUUAUGCAGGAUUUUAAUCAAACUUGUUCCAAAGUUUUACUUGAUUUACAUCUACAUUUAUUUUGCAUAUUAACUUAUUCAAACAAGAAUAAUACACCUAGCUCUUAAUAGUUACCUUUUCCCCGUUAUUUUAGUGUUGUAUUGCACUUUGAAGAGAAGAAGCAGACAGGUUGUAUAUAAAUUCCAUUACCAAACCAAAUCUUCUUCCUUAUUUCCUUAUAAUGCAAGAUUUUUCUUUUAUUUAAUUAAUAUUGAAAAUCCAGAGUUUGCUAUUUAUAAAAGCUCUUGGAAAAUCCAGAUUUCACCUUCAAUAAAGCUCUUACUAUAAAUUGAAUUACAUUCUACAAGUAUCUAUAGUACAAAAUUUACGUUGUUUGCAUUUUCAUAUUUUAGGUUGCAGUACAUUUUUUUACUUGUGUUUGUUUUCUUUCUGUGUAAUGUUUAUAUCUUGAUAUAUUUAAGAUAUGCAUAAAUCAUUGUUUUAAAUUUCUGGUGUGGAGAAUUUUACUGGUUCACAGUUAUGUAAACAGACUCGCAAAAUUGUACACUAUUUUAGUAGACUGUACCUUUCUUUUCACCUUGUAAUUGUACAUAAAAUGUUCUUAAAUUUUGUUUUAUUUAAUUUAUUUUGUUGAAAAUGACAAACCUGUAAAUACCCCUCAAUUGUUUUUUUCUUGUUUUAAAAUCCAUAGUAACUUUGUGCUUUAAUAUUUGAUACAAUAGAGAUAAUGUGUUCACACAAUGUUCAAAACACAUCAUAGUAAUCUGAUUUGUUUACAUGCCUAGCUAUUUUAGAUCUAGAUUUUAUUUUGAAAUUCUACUGUACUUAAAGUACUUCAGAUAUUAUUUUUUGAGAAUGAUUUGUGUGAAAGUUAAUAAAAUAAAUGAAAUUUGAUUGGACAAAA